AGUGUAUUCCUUAUGGAAGAAAGCUGUCUGUCAGAGUGGACACAGUUGGGAGGGUGAGGAGAGGCUGCGAACACUCACUACUUUUUAACUGGCGCACGCGCGCGCACACAAACGCAAAGCUGUGAAUGAGUAGAGGCAAAGCUUUCAGCCAAUCGCGUACCAGGAAGGACCACACCUGCUUCGUACUAUUGGUUAACCAUGGAAAACCCGGUGAAUUCGUCAUACAGAUGAGCGCUGGUGGGGGAUCCUCAGAGGGUUGUCAUAUAUGCACGGCACACGGCCACUUUCCGCCAGUCUAAAUAAACAUUCACAGUCGACACAAGCCAAAUUAACAAGUGAUUUUAUUAUCGGCUUGCCGGUACGUGUGCUUUUCCUUGGCAACAUUUUUGUGACAAGAGUUUUCCAAGUUGUGCAAGUAUGGUUGCUGUUUCGGAAAGUGUUGGACUUGAUACGAAAGUGAGGAUGUCUCUUCGAAGAUCUAACUCAUCCAAAGGAUUGUCAAACAAUUUGGAGCAAGAGUCUGUUGUGCCAUCGGUACACUUGUCUGAGGACGACAUGUGCCGCGUUCUCGAUCGCGACCAAAGAACAGUGUUUGCACCUUUCAGUGAGGUCUGCCGGCGUCCCGGCGUGCGCGUCACAUGCGACGGAAAGACGUCGUCUCCGUCCCGACACGUGAAUCAGCAUCCGGCUGAAUCCGCGGUCACAUCUCAUUCCUUAUCACCAUCUGUCGCGUCAAACUCGUCAUUCACACAACAAUCCACAACGACAGACCGGAAAAAUGUCAGUGCCGUUUCCAAAGUUACGCCAAAUUCAUGUCGAACCACAUCUCACCAACAGUACCCAGCAGCAUCCAGUUUCCAUCAACGUUCAAGUUCCUUUGCUUCAAAACUAGUCGAAGUGCUGACAUUGAGCGCCUGUGUACUGAGCCUAGUCAACCUGCCCAACACAACCACAGCCGCACCGAUGGGAUCCCGUUCGCCGCGACGUCUGGACGACGAACCGCCCUUCUGGACGAACCCCUGCCAGGUCGGACCCUACUACCCCGACCAGGUCGGCGACUCUGUCGAUGUGUCCUACUACUCGAUGCCGUCCGAGAUCAGCAACAAGGAGCUCAUCAACAUCAUCACCGUCUCAGCUCAGGUCGCCAUCAAUGACUACUCGACGUUCAUCGAUCCCUACGUGUCAGAGACAUUCCAGAAGCCUCUAGCUCAACUUCUCAAGGAGUUCGAUGCGAAUAAAGGUUACACUUGGUUACCUACAGUUCCAAAACAGCUCAACCAAACUCUACCAAAGGAGUUCAAGACAAAGUUGGAGUUGGAAACGGCCCUACUCGACUCGUACGAGUACCUGCAGCGUGUGGCUGUUGGCAUGGAGGCAGUGGCCAGGGACCACGAUUUCUUGGGCACUAAAUUCCAAGACCACUUCAAGCGUAGUCUCGAUGAAUUGAGAACGGUUCUUUGCGAAGUGAACUCGGUGAUCGGCAAUUUUAAAAUCAAGAUGCGACCAGACAUUGAGCGCUCAAUCAUGCCGGACGAUGUCCGCCACCUGCCCUCGGACACAGACCGUCACAUCCGGGACUGGCUCAUCUUCCGGGACUACAUGAACGUGAUGGAGUUCGUGCUCGAGGUGUUCACUCACCUCACCGAUCAGAUGUCAACCAGCUCCUGAGUGCUGCGAGUGCUCCGGUUGUCUCGCUGGUCGGCGCGCAACUGGUUCAGAAAAACGAAUCAACUCAAUCACAAUAAUUAUUGAUGCUGCUAAUCAAACAAAUCAACUUAUUCAAAAUUGAUGCUGCCAAUCAAACGUUAACUGCUCGAUACCCAGUUUAAACUGUUUCAAAAACACAAAUCAACUUAUUCAAAAUUGAUGCUGCUAAUCGAACAUUGACUGCUCGAUCCCCAGUUCACUUUCACGAAUUAUUAUGAAAUCGAUUAUGUAAAAUUUAAAGAUGCAGAGCAUCUCAUAAUUUCUUUAUUUUAUUGAUUGUUCAUUGAAAAACGGCAGAAAAUUAUUGUUAAAUCGAUUAUGUAAUUUAAAGAUGCAGAGCAUCACAUUUCUUUGUCCUAUCAAUUAUUUAUUUGAACACUGCAGAAAAUCUGUAAGAAUGGUUUAUGCUUUCCCUAUUAUAAUAUAAAAAAUAGGCGAGGGUUUUUCAGCAGGAUUGUGAAACAGUACUUGUUCUUACAUUAACAAUAUGAAUACCCUUUAUAAAUUUAUAUUUAACUUUGAAUUUUUUACGUAUUUGACCAGAGAACAUUGAUAGGAACAUGGGAUUUCAAAGAAAUCAAUUAUUAUUGUUUUACUCUUCAUGUCUUACAACUCUUGAUGUAUUUGAAGAAAUGGUUUCUUCAGUACCCUAUGUAUUUGGGAUUGGUAUCCUUAGUACCUAUGUAUUUCAUGUCAGUUCAAAACUGUAAAUAUUGUAUUGUAUAGCUGUAGUCCUGAAAUAAUUUGAAAACAGUAGUAUAUGAAGUCAAAAUUAGCUAUAUUUUGUCUGUGAAUUCAUGGUUUUAAUUGUGUGCAUUAUUGAAUAUUCAUAAAUACUUAUAGAUCAAGUUUUAAGUCGAGCAAGUUUAUAGAAAUUUGAAAAUUAGAAUCAGUAUUGCUAACCAAUUGGAAAUGUCUCAAUGAGUGUUUAGAAUAAUUAGAUUCAAUAGAGGAUAGUGUGAUGUUGAUAUUCAUUUUUAUAGAUUAUUUGGAAAGAACAAUAUUUGAAAAUUUGUACAAAAAAUUAUUGAAUCUCGAGUAUGAAAAAUAAAUUGAUUUUCAGUUAUUCUAGGAUUCUAUGAGACUUCCACUAAUUUGUUAAUUAUUCUCCUGUUUGACACCUUUUCAAUUCCACAAAGCCAUCGUCUAGUUUUAUAUUUUUAUUUUAUUGUGAUUUUAUCAAGAGAAGCUUGUAUUUUACAUAAAUGGACAUAUUCCCUAAUGCUAUCAAAAUUUCAAGUGUGGUACUUAGAAAAGCAUAUAGAGUGGUUGAAUAGAGAACUUAGUAUAAGCUUAACAUAAAUUUAUUUAUUCAAUGUAUUUAUCUACUGUAGGAUUGUAUCGGAAAUUACCUAUUGACUAGUGCAAUAAUGCAAGUCGUACUAUUUAUUAUGUAAGUCAUUCUUGAAAUAUAUUGUUUCCUAUACUUUAAACAUAAAUUAUUGAAUUAGACUGAAAUGUUAAUCUUUAUUAUCAUCAUCAUCAUCUGAUAUAGGAAUAAGUUAAAUAUUGUUGCUAUUACAGUCCAAUCGUCAUAUUCAAAGUAUAAAUUAUAUUGUUGGCCAUAAUUACUUGUGAAUGUUUUUAUAAUGUAUUCAUCUAUAAAUACUCAUAAUCUCGUUCGAAAAUGUAUUAGAAUUUGAAAGUUUACUUGAACUAUUCUGACACGCUCACUGGAUAACUAUUAACUCUAUUCUCUUAAGAAAACUGUGGAAGUGAGAGGGAUGUAUAUUUCAUGAAAAAUAAGAUAGUGACCUAAUGUAAUGCUUCAUCUAAUGUAAAUAGCAUAUUUCUCCUAAUUUUGUCUUCAUUAAAUGGUGUUUAAUCAUCUCUUUCUUUAUAAUUAUUGUUAUUAUUUAUUUAUUAUAUUUAACUAUUCAUAUUGUUGUUAUUAUUUAUUGUGACUGUGAUAUUAUCGUAAGUGUAUGUGCACUAUUUAUUCAAACAUUAUCAAUAAAACGUAGAUUUCAAUCUUA